AUGCAAAGCAACGGCAAGCCGUGCCACAACUGUCGGCGAAGACGUCUUCGCUGCGACCGUUCUUGGCCAACUUGUCACAAGUGCGCUGCGUCCGGUCAGGAGUGUCUUGGCUAUGGGAAGAUCUUCACCUGGACCCAGGGGAUCGAUGGGAAUGGUGUGAUACAGUCUUCACAAGCUGGUCGCCGCGCGAAUGCGUCCGCGACUUCGUCCACAUCCACCACGCCAAACCCUCCGCAAGGCUUCGUAGCAUUUCAACCGCCAACAAUCGCGCCUGUCCAGCAGUCUCCGAAACACAAUGGACAGUCUCCGGUGCAGACGCAGAUGCAUCAGUUUCUGCCGUCGAGGCCGUUUCCUGUGGACAACACGCCACCUUUGACGCCCAAGCCAACGUUUGCGAGUAGACCGAUGGCUGGCACUUCCAUGGCUUUGACGGAUCCCCUAUUUCAGGAUCUGGAUAGGGAUUCCAGGUAUUAUCUGUCUCACUUUGCCGAUCGUGUAUGCCAGGACCUUGUGGCCCGCGAUCAGCCGAACAACAACCCCUUCCGCGAGCUCCUGCCCCUGACAAAGCAACAUCCAGUCCUGCUUCAGAUCCUCAUCGCGACAUCUGCGCUCCACUGGUCAAACAUCUUCCGACCUGUCACAGAUAUCCCGAGUGAGCUUACCGACCCUGGUGGCUAUCUCGCACAGCUGCGGUCAACUGACCUCGUGUCUCGCAAGGCGCUCAUCGAUGCGCUCACGGCCAAGCAGCGGGCCAUGGGCCAUCUACGUGAGGUUCUCGACACCCUGGACCCCGCUGGGAACGAAGUGGUCCUGGCUUCCUUGCAUUUCUUCAUCAAGUUUGAUCUGAUGGAUCUGGAAGAGUCUGGGAAUGGCGGGUGGCGUACGCACCUGGAAGGCGCCUCCAGCAUCAUGGCGCUGCUUUCGAAAGAUUCCAUGUCGGCGUCGUCCAGCCGGAUGCUGCGCGACACUGUGAUUGCCGAUUGCUUCAUCUAUCACAUCCUCGGUUCCACGAUUUCAGGUGGCAGUUUGGCGACCCGCAUCGCUCGAUAUGCUCUCGAGAUCUUGCCCAUUAUGAAACGAGUCGAGGUCAUCACCUACCUGUCAUGUCCGCCCGAGAUUCUGCAGAUCAUCCUGCUGGCAUCCCAGUUAUCGUACAACGAGAGUGUGCCUGCGACAACAGACUGGAAUUUACCGGCAGCUGGCGAGGCACUCUCCCUCAUCGAUCAGCUUCUCGAGUUCGACAUUAAUGCCUGGGCAGCGGCCCUCGAGGCUUUGCCCAAUGUGACCGACAUUGAGAGCCGCGUGCACAUUGCGAGUGCCCACCGCUCGGCAGCGUGUCUCUACAUCAUACAGGCCCUGCCUCUCGUCCGAUCGGUCCGAUCGGUCGACGCCAACUUUUUGGUGGAAGAUAUCUUGUCGCAUCUGGCCGAGAUGCCCGAGGAUGACCCUUACUUCAAAGCGACCAGCUGGCCACUCUUGUUUGCAGGUGCGGAGACGAGAGAUCCGGAGAAGAGGACGUGGAUUCUGAAGAGGCUCAUGUCUAUCUGGUCACGGUUUCGCUGGGGCUAUAUUUUCACGGCGAUCGAGAUGCUCAAAGCGACCUGGCAUUUGCAGGACGCAUCGCCUCAAUCCGAGAAUGUGAACUGGCUGAGGGAUCUCAAGGGGCUGGGUUUCAACAUGCUCGUUGUCUAG